UUUUUUUUUUUUCCAUUCAAAUUAAUCUGCGGAUUUAGGUAGUAGUGGGUCUCAUUGGGUUUCUUCUUCUAGUUGCUUCUUGUGAAACUGAACUUGAGCGUUUCAUCUAGUUUGUUAAAUUUUUUUCGUGCGAAUUAACCGGUAUUAUUGCAAAAUCGGUCAAACUAACAAACAAACAAUGCUUGAAUCAAGAAAAGAAACAGAGAGAAUGCGUUGGUUCUCCAACUGUGGAGUUUGUGUAGUUGUUUUCAUACACGGGUCACACCAAUUUUAGGUAUCUAUCAAGUGAAAAUGGAAUGAAGAAUGAAGUAUGUUACAUAGGCUGCGUAUAGCAAGUAUUUAUAACCAAAACGAUGAUGCCUUACAUAUGAUAGGACGGUCGGUGGAUUUAACUUUUCUUCACCGAGAAAGCGAUUUGAAUGGUCUCAAAACCCUAGCCCCCAGCGGCCGUCGCCCGGCGGUAGCCUCCCUCCCUGAUAUCCCCCUUACCUCGUUCUCCCCAUCUCUAGAUCUUACCCUUUUCCCCUUAAUUGCUUCAUCCCGCAUCGCCUCUUCCAGACUCGGGUCUCUUCGUCUCAGGGCAACGGGAGCCUCUCAACGGCCAUCAUCGUAGUCCGCCUAAGCUUCCCCAGGGGCCAUUACAGUGCCUCACCGCCGACGGUAUUUUGCUCCGGUCUGGGUCUGCUCCUUCAUCGGCGCUGCUGUCUGUUUUGCAGGGAUCUCUGUGUCGCCCGAUCUCCACCGUAAGGCAUAGUGGAAGACAUUGUUUCUUCCAUGGCUGCAACCAAGACUCGGUCAAGUAGUUUCUCUCGCAACAUUUCAGUUGCAUCCACCCCUCAAAUCCCUGGGCUCAAGUGUGGACCUAAUGGCACAAUCUUUGUUUCCUCCGGAAUACCUGAUCUUGACAAAAUUUUAGGAGGUGGGUUCCCUUUGGGAAGCCUAGUCAUGGUGAUGGAAGACAUUGAAGCGCCUCAUCAUAUGCUUUUGUUGAGGAAUUUCAUGUCUCAAGGAUUGGUUCACAACCAACCUCUUCUUUACGCAAGUCCAUCGAGUGAACCAAAAUCUUUUCUUGGUACGUUGCCCAGUCCAGUAUUGUCUAAAGAUGAUAAAUCUCGUGAUCAUGACCCAGAACAGGAAAAAGGGUUGAGGAUAGCGUGGCAAUAUAGGAAGUACUUUGGGGAACAUCAACAAAAUAUGGAGGGUCAGAGAGAUGGAAAACCAGAAUACUGCACCGACUUUGACUUGCGGAAGCCUUUAGAGAGGCGCUUCCUCAGUGGCCAGCGCAUUGAGUGUGUUAGCCUUGCAGGUUCUCCCAGUCUGGACACUUUCCGUGACCGUUGUUCAACAUUUUUGGCUCAACUUCCAAGAUAUGAUGGCAACUUAACAAGUGCAGGUCGCAUCGCUGUUCAGUCAUUCUAUGCUCCACAAUGUGAAUAUUCCAACAGGGAAUGGGAAAUACUUUCCUUUAUCAGAUCUUUGAAAAGUAUGGUACGAUAUUCAAAUGCAGUUGCUGUUAUAACCUUUCCGCCGUCCCUUGUUUCACCAUCCUUCUCAAAGAGAUGGCAGCAUUUAGCUGACACCUUGCUAUCCGUCAAAGCUAUUCCAGAUGAGGACAAGGAACUGGCGAACCUCCUCACGGGUUAUAAUGACAUGGUUGGGCUUCUCAAUGUGCACAAAGUGGCCCAUUUUAAUACCCAGGUUCCUGUUAUUCUAGAGGCAACCACAUUCUCAAUAAAACUGAAAAAGCGGAGGUCAUUGGUUCUAGAAUGUCUAAAUCAGGCCCCCAUUGAUGGUUCAAGUGGGACUUCUUAUGGCACUUCUGGUAGCUGUUCUGGGUUAUCCAAGACAGGGAUACUUGACUUUUAACUGCCUAAGUUUUUCUCUCAGCAUAUUCAUCUGAUUGAAUUUGGUUGGCCAUGUGCCACCUAUUUGCCAAAUGAUCAUCUUAAUUUUGGGAUGGAGUUCACGUAAGGGGCUACGACAUCACAUUCUGGUGCUGGGAGCCUGGGACUGAAGCUGGAAUGAAAACAGUUGGUGCAAAAGGAAAACCGAUGUCGUGAAUCUUUUGGUGUUGGUCUUGUACAUGCGUACCAUGAUGAUCAUAUUGGUCCCACUUUGUGACGAAUCAUUCUACAAGUUUAUUAGUUCUUACUGAGAGAAAAUAUUUUCUUUCUUAUGUCUUGCCUUUUGCACCUCGUUUGUGGAAAUCAUGCAAGCGAGUUGUAUGAGGGAUAGGAUUUUCAUAUUCAAGCUAGGAGAGAUGUGAGCUUUGUUUUACAACUAGCAAUUGGAUUUUGUCGUAUCAAUUGCACCGCCGUAGAAUGGCUAACUUGCUUCUAAUACUUCCAUUCUUGUACUAUUCAGUCUAUUUUGCGCCUCUGCCCAUCAGUGAUAUAUGUAAAGUACUAUCCAAUUAGUUCUCCGGCAAUAAGAUACGUGUUUUUGUUCA